GCUUCUUUCAUGAUUACAUUUGCUGCUGUAGGAUGUGGUUUAGCUUAUCAGCUUUUGAUAACAAAGUUCAUGCUUUGUAGCCAGGCAGAAGUGCAUCAGGAAGUGAGAAAGCAGAAGACACAAACUGCAGCAUGCCAGAUGUAGAAUCAGCCGCAGCGCGGUAGGGGCAGCUGUGAUUUGGAUGAAGAGUCUGCCUGGUUCUGUUUUGAUCCAAGCUGUUUUGUGGGUUUGGUGCCCGGAUCAGGACCUCUGCAGUGGGAGCAGCCACCGAGCAGCAGGCUGGCAUCCACACCUGGCUCUUCUCCAGCUGUGAGGAAUUGUACUGACACCUGGCAAUGAUCCUCCAUCGCCUUUUCACAUCAUAACCACUGGAAAGAAUUGCUGAACUAGGGCAGAAGCAGACUCCACAUUACCAUCCCUGCCAGAUGACCACAGACCAGCAAUCCAAGGCAGUGCCAGCCAAGAGAGAUUUUGCCCAUCUGCCUCCCAGCUGCAGAUGACAGGAAUGACCUGCCCGUGGCUUCUCAGAGGGGAACAACUUUCCUCAGUGCUCUUCUUUGUGCCUCCUUAGCCCAUCAGCAGGCUCAGCCAUCUCAGCGAGACCAUCCCCUGAUCCAUGCUGGGCAUGUCAGCAUCCAAUACAUCCAAUACGUCUCAGACAUGCAAGGAUUACACCUUCAAUCACCACUUCCUCAUGCCUGUUUACACCCUGAUAUUCAUCACAGGUGUGAUACUCAAUGUGGUAGCCCUGUGGAUAUUCGUCCGAUACCUGCGCCUCAAGUCUGUAGUGAUGAUCUACAUGUUGAACCUGGCCAUAAGUGACCUUAGCUUCACACUUCCUCUGCCACUGCGACUCUACUACUAUUUCAACCACCACUGGCCCUUUGGUAGCUUCCUGUGCCAGGUCUCUGGCUCAGUCUUCCAGAUCAACAUGUACGGUAGCUGCCUCUUCCUCAUGUGCAUCAACCUGGAUCGCUACGUUGCCAUUGUUCACCCACUUCGCUGGCGGCAUCUGCGGCGUCCCAAGGUGGCCAAGCUCCUCUGCCUCAUGGUCUGGGUUGUGAUCUUCUUGGGCUCCAUACCCACAGCCAUAGUCCACAAACAAAACCACUGUAAAGUAAAAAACCAGACUAUUUAUCUGUGCUUUGAAAGCUUUAGCGACAACAUAUGGCAGAAUAACCUCUUCCCCCUGGUAAUCCUGGCUGAAAUCUUGGGGUUUCUCCUGCCUCUCAGUUCUGUGACAUACUGCUCAAUUCGGAUCUUUCAGGAGCUCUGCCAGCCCAGCCAGACGAAGACCGUGCGACAGCAGAAGACAGUCCGUCUGCUCUUGGUCAAUCUGGUCAUCUUCAUCAUCUGCUUUGUGCCCUACAACACUACGCUGGCGGUUUAUGGGAUGAUAAAGGCCCGGGUGAUGAAGGUUGAGGCAGAAACCCAGGCCUCUGUGCGCCAAGCGUUAAUUAUAACAAUGAUGUUUGCCAGCAUGAACUGCACACUGGACCCCUUGAUCUACUACUUCAGCACCGAAGGUUUCCGUAACACCUUCAAGAAACUGCGGCGGGGACAAGCCUGGGACUCAGAGAUGGGAACGCUUAAGCAUCAGAUUGUGGACAGUAAGUCAACCCGAGACCACACUGUGUCUAAAGUAAAACUGUUCCCAUCUGAAAAUUUUACCCGCCCCAGCGAAUCUUCCCCAUCACUUCCUACUGCAGUAUUUCUCAAUGGUCCUAUUGAGGACUCGGAAAUUUAAGCCUGGGAAAUCUGUACCAUUGCAGAGUCACACAUGCAAUAACUACAGCAAGCCUGUGGGAUACAGCAAACUGAGGGAGCACAGCAGACUGUCUGUGGGUGAACGUGAUGAUGCAAAGCUGAAGGAUGAAAGGUUGUUUUGAAUAAACAGAGGUGCCUUUGUGA